ACCACUGCCAGCACGUCAGCAGUCACUGACCCAAAGACGACUACAGACACGACAAACGUAAAGGACAUGUCAACAUCACCCUCGCACACCACACCUACUCCAGACGAGCCGUCAACGUACAACUUCUCACGACUCUUGGAGCUCUCUAUUCUGUUCUAUGAAGCGCAGAGGUCAGGUCACCUGCCAGCCAAUAACAGAGUUCCCUGGAGAAAUCAUUCCGCACUCACAGACGGAAGUGACGUAGAAUUAGAUCUUACUGGCGGCUGGUAUGACGCUGGCGACACGAUCAAGUUCACGCUUCCAAUGGCGGCGUCUGUGACCCGACUGGCGUGGAGCCUGAUCAUGUGGCCGGAUGCCUACAGCACUUCCGGUCAGACGGAGUACAUGUUUGAUUGUAUCAAGUGGCCACUGGACUACUUCCUCAAGUGUUGGAACUCAGCCACUCAGGUCUUCUAUGUACAGGUUGGCGACAUUGAACAUGACCACGCUGUAUGGACCAGACCACAGGACAUGACAAUGCCACGGCCCGCUUACAGUGUUACUACAUCCAAUCCCGGAAGUGACGUAGCCGGAAACACUGCUGCCGCGAUGGCAGCUGGAGCUAUUGCAUUCAAAACAAAAGACUCGGUCUACUCUGCUCGACUUCUGACGGCGGCGAGGACGCUGUAUGAUUUCGCUGUCAGGAACACGGGCAUAUACAGUGUCAGUGUGCCACAAGCACACACGGCUUAUGGCUCGAGCGGGUAUAAGGACGAGCUGUCACUGGCGGCGGUGUGGCUGUACAAGGCAACGGGAGAACAACACUAUCUGGACGCCGCGGUCGACUCCAAGCCCACGUGGGUCCCCUGGGCACUCGACUGGGACGACAAGUCAGCGGCCGCUGCGUUGCUGAUCUACCAGGAGACAGGUGGAGCCUCGUUCCGCACCCUGGUGACCAGCUUCAUCUCCAGUUACAUGCCAGGCGGUACAGUGUCCUACACGCCGUGCGGGCUCGCCUUCAGACUCAAGUGGGGAUCGCUUAGAUAUACAGCCAACGUGGCCAUGCUAGCUCUGUUGGCCGCCGACUCGAUGGGAGGUGAGGAGGCGGAGUCGUACCGCAGCUGGGCCUAUGGUCAAAUCGCUUACAUGCUGGGAGACAAUAAUUAUAAUAUGAGUUAUCUUAUUGGAUACAGUGAUUUCUACCCACGAAGACCGCACCACCAGGCGGCUUCGUGUGAUUCCUCGUCUUCUUGUAACUGGGCGACUCUGGAAAAUCCGGAUCCUAAUCCGCACAAUUUGCUGGGCGCGCUGGUCGGUGGUCCCGGCAGAAACGACGAUUACGAUGACGUCAGAGCGGACUAUGUCAAGAACGAGGUGACUGUAGACUACAACGCCGGCUUCCAGGCUGCAGUUGCAGGUCUGUUACAUCUGAAGAACAUGGACGCACUUCCUACACCCAGUCUGAUAAAAGAAGCCGGUUGUGCAUCUUAGUGUAAUAGUUUAAUGAAAAUAAAUAUGCCCCCUUUCUUGUAUUUAUGGCUUCA